AGGACGUAAAAGUUUGAAAAAAUAAAAAAAACUCUAAUGGCGAAUCAAGUGACGCUCGAGGUGACGGCUGGUAGCAGUUCUCCGCCGAGCAUGAACGAAAACAACGAGUCGAGUAGCGCAAGUAGCACGUGUGAUGGUGAUCACGCAAGUGUAAACUCGUCUGCUGAUGUCUUGUCGAACGAUGCAACUGCGGUACCAAACGAUCCACGACGACCAACCGGAACGAUUGCUGAUAGUGAUAGUAACGGUGAAUCGUCGUAUUCGAAUACCGUAGAUGUAUCAAGUGAUACCACAGGUAGCGUACCGGAUUAUCGAACAGCUGGUGGUGGUGGAGGUAGCAGCGGUGGAUCCGUUCAGCCGCAAAGGUCUUCAGUGGAUAGAGAGUUGGGUGACAAUUCUACCACUACUACUACUACUACUACUACUACUACUACCACCACUUCUGCUGCUAUUACUACAACUAUUACCGCAACCACUACUCCUACCACUACCACUACUACUACCACAGCUACUAGAAAAACUGAUGCAAAUGCACCGGUGGACGCCUCAACGUAUAGGACUAAGUGUGAAAUGGAUGUGGGUACAACUGUAACUUCAAGGACACCUUCUAAGAAGGUAAAUGAUUGCCAUGAAAUUGUUAAAUCGUCAGCUGUAGCUGGAGAAAGAAGGGGAAAUUUAUGCUCGGUACAUCAGAGUGGUGUGAGAAAGGCCAAGAUUAAUGUUGCAUGUCAAACCGAUCCCGAUGAAGAAACAUUCCCGAAAAUCACACAGUGUUCUCGGACUACUAUUUCUCAACCUAUUGCCAAUAAAGGUACGGUGGCAUCAUCGAGUACUGAUGCUACUUCUCCUACGUCAAGCACUUCCUCUGAUGGGACAUUACGGUUGAUGAUUCAGAACUUCACCAAUAUGGCCGAUACUGUAAGAGGGCCAAGCAAAAAAAUACAAGCUGUUCCUUGGCGGAUAAUGGUAAUGCCUCGACAGCAUGUUGUACAAAAGAAAGGCACGCAGAAGUGUUUGGGAUUUUUCCUGCAGUGUUGUCCGGAUGCUUAUUCUGAUUCAUGGUCGUGCCAAGCUGCGGCAGAACUGCGGCUGAUUUCGCAGAAGCAAGGCGUACCGCAUUUUACAAGGAAAACUAACCAUGUUUAUACAGCUAAGGAAAAUGAUUGGGGAUACUCAUGCUUCAUGACAUGGGCUGAUAUAUUAGAUGAAAGCCAAGGUUAUAUCAAAGAUGACAAAGUUAUUUUGGAAGUAUCUGUUAAAGCUGAACCUCCGAAGAAUAUCCUAACUCAUGAACAGUUCGAGAAGAAAAUUCAAGAUUAUAUGAGGUUAGCUGAUAUACAAAGCAGUAGAGGACUCAUCGACAAGGCCAUCGAAGUUAAUAUGAGCGCUCUGAAAUUUUGUAAAGAUCGUGAUCAGGAUUGCAAGGCCGAUCUCGAGGCUCAGAAAGCGAAGCUGAUUGAGAUGAAACUGAAACAAAGUAUUGAAAGGAUUGAAAAAGGACCACCGCUUGGCAAAAGUGAUGAAGAAAAUUCGCUCAAUCAGAGUGCUUUAAAACAGGCUAUAUCAGGUGCUGCCACAAUCAACAAACAAUCCAAUACAAACAAAUCAAAAUCGAAUUCCAAUAGUAAAUCGCGGGAAACAAAUGCUGAGAGAAACGUGAAUGUUCAGAACAGAACAGCAACUUCUCCUCUAAAUAAAGCAUCGGAAACAAGGCAAGUUGUAGAAUCAAAUGUUACGGAAACUCGUCCAUUGCUGCAAAACGACAAAAACGCUUGCGUUGUGCAAGAAGCUCCAACCGAAGUACUGCUGAAUGCGACUCGUGAAAUGAAAUGGCUCUCUGAUGAUGGAAAACAGGAGGAAGGGCUGGAUGGAUCGAAACAGGAAAAAACAAAGCAGGUUGAUGUGGCCGUUUUCAACAGCGAACGGAAGGAAGGAAAGACUGAUGACAAGAAGACCGCUGGCGAAAGAUUGGAUGAAAAGCCGGAUGACGAAAAGAAAAAACUGAUGGUCAAUGCUAAUUACUUGGAAAAUGAUGUAUUUACUUUAGGAGCCAAAAUGGCCGAAGAUGGGGAUAUAUUGCAAGUAGAUUCACGGAAUUCUGAGGCACAAGAGCCAGUUGGGCCGGUUCUCCGUUGUGCAUAUGAUGUAAGCGGACAUGGUCAGCCAUGGGAGUUAUGCCAAGAACAGAAAGAGCAACACGUUCUUGAAUGCUCUAGUGAUGAAGAAACGAGUUCAUCAAGCGGAGCUUCCUCUGAUAGCGAAGCUGAAGGAAAUAAUGGUCGCACAGCGGUUGGAGUUCCUUACUCUAAAAAGAUGAAGCGUUCACUUCAGAAUGAUGGUGCAGUAGUACGCGAUGAUUGUGAUAGCUGUAUUCAAGCUAUUCUUGAGCCUGCUUCUCUUAACACGGAAGAGGCUUCAUGUCAGACAGAUUUUUCCGUGCUAAUGCCCAAAGCAGAUGCAGCCAUAGUGAAUGCACAAACGGGUAUAACAAAUCCAAAUCCAAAUCGGCCAUAUGCACAGCCAAAGAAACAGACAGCAAAGAAAACUAUUCCCAACGGCGGUAGCGGUUGUACAAAACCAUAUCGUACAUUGCAUAGUAAUCCGGGAAUUUACUCUGAGCAAUCGAAGACCCAAACGGAUAAUAGGACGGAAGCAGCCGUGGAAAUGCAGAAAGAAAGCAUAGCGCGCUUCACAUCACAAUUCACUAAUGCAGAUCCAAAAACGUUCCCGGUCUUUCCAAUCUAUCAUUCGCAACAAAUUAUGGGGGACGACUUGGCAAAUCCGCAGGUACAACCAUACAUAGAUGAUUCGGCACAGCCGAAUAUUUGGUCAAGACAGUAUAUCGAAGAAUGGCUUAAAUUCAAUAUCAAAUACUGCUGGAAAUACAUGAAGAACGGAGAGAAUCCUCCUGCAGCUGGUGAUGAAAAUAGUUUGGAUUUUGGUGCCGGCAAUAUUCCUCAUUUUACAGAUGCACAGGUUCAGCAAGUUAUGGCAGCGCUGUCAGUGAUUGGUGUUAACUGUGUGAAUGCUAAACGUGUGGUUGACAAAGCCGCUGAAUUCAUUAAUACAUUGGAAAUGCGUUCGAAAAGUCCCUUCCUCAAAGGUUGUCUGCAAAAACUGGCAAUUCUAGCUGGCGACGAGAAAGUUAUCGAAGCAAUCAAAGAUGGACGUAGAGAUCUUGAUUGCUCUUCUCUGGAUGAACAUCAUUUAACAGCGCCUUUGGUUGAUGAUGCAGAUGACUUCAGUUCCUUGAUGUCUGACUGUCCAGAUGACCAGCAUGACUAUAUGUUGAAUCGCGAAGUGCAUCGCAUUGGUGUUUUUGCUGACCAGGCCGUGAGUAAAAAUCCAUUGAUGGAAGUUGGCCAAGCAGAAAAAUUGAACGAGCACACGGAGAAAAUUGCCCAGCGUAUUGCGUUACUUGAAAGUGAUAAAGAGACCUUGUCGCGACAACUUACUGCCGAGAAAGAGAAAAAUAAAAAACAAGAGCAGAAACAUGCGAAUACAAUGAAACAGAUGCAGGCACAGUUGCAGUCCGAGAAAGAAAAACAUGAGAAGACAAUGCAACAACUAAAUCAGAAGAAGAACGAAUUAAAGAAGCUUGAAAAAAGUGUUAAACAACAUGAGCGUGAUUCUGAGAGAUCACGGGAAUUACAAGAGAAAAAUGAAUAUCUGGCACGAGAACUGCAAGAUCUUCGACAGAAAAAUGCGGAAGAAUUGAGGAAGCUGCAGAGAGAGCUGCAAUCCAGCCAGGAUACUAGGAAGAACAUGACUGAAGAAAUCAGAGGACGUGAUACCGAAAUCAGCGAAUUAAAAAGUCAGCUUAAUGAACGGUCGAUUGCACUGAAACGUUCCGAAAAUGUGCUAUGUUCGGAACGUAAAACGUUUCAAAGUAAUGUAGCUUUUUUGACUGAACGUGCAAAGAAAGCCGAAGUUUCACUGCUGGAGCAUAAGCUUGAGACAGGCGUUGCUGUCCUUGAAAGGGCCCAUAAAGAUGCUGGGCAAAGAGUGAAGGAUCUGGAAACUGAAGUGAAGAAGGCAAGGAAUCCUGUUGCGGCGGAGGAACUGAGAGGAGCGGCUGCCGAAUGGAGGGCUAAACGAGAAGAGGUAGCCAGUCUCAUUACCACUGCAAAAGCCGAAUUCGCUCUACAGAUUGAGCAAAUCAAAGCUGGAAAAACAAUCGCUCAGUUACCAAAAAUUAGUGUACCAAAACCUCCACCUGCACCAAAAUUCAAAUUAGGACAAUUUGCACCUCAGAUAUCGCCUGCUGGUCCUGAAAAAGCUGUGACUCCUGUUGUACCUGCUGUAGGAGUAAUUGGCAAUCGGGCUCCUACUGCUAGUGUAGUUAUCAAUUCUUCGCUAACCUCGGGUAGUGUGGCACCAGGUGUACCGAUGCAGACAAUGUCAAAAGCUCCUGCUCCUCCGUCAUCUUCUCCCAUGAAGUCACCUACAGGCACCACAACAUCAAUAGCACCAAUUGGCGUUCGACCUACUAGUCAUACGGGUUCUGCGAUGGAUUAUGCUAGUAGCCAUACCACGGCAGUCAGUUCUUCGUCCAGUGCCACACAAGCAACCACCAGUACGUCGUCAUCUUCUGGAUUAUCGUUACAGACUGCAUGGGGUUCCAGUUGGGAUGCACCGCUUGCCAUGAAUUCUAUCAACGAACUGCUCAAUCCUAGUCGUUCAUUCGGACCCAUCGGUACCGAUUAUGGUAUCAGCACCGGUGGAAGUUCUACUCAGCUUUCUCAUCCACCACCUGGUAUUCCUAAUACGAGUAGCCAUUUCACAUCGCAGUCGAAUGGCUGGAGUAAUGGUGGCGGGAACGAAUGGCUUAAUACGUUAUCCUCUGGAAAUAACAGUAACAGUAUAAUGUCGAGCCAACCAAGUCAUUACAAUCAUUUACAACAUCAAGGAAGUGGUUAUCAGUCACAGCAGUGGCCUAAUUGGACAGGCUAUCACACCCCUUCUUCGAAUCCCUCUGAUGUCACUAGUGCACUGGUGGUGGAUAACAGUCGUAGUUCGUCUCCUCGACGCGAUACUUUGCUGGAAACUCUAAGAAAUCAUUUUCCACAUGUCUCUCCUGAAAACUUGAAGGAAUACACAAAUGAAUACAUGAUGCGGAACAAUUUACCAAGUUUUAAGGCGCUUCCAUUGCGCGAAUUGAUAAGUUAUAUUGCAGUCGCUUCAGCUAAAGCACAGAUGUGGAGUAAAAGCAGCAAUAUGCCGCCGAUGAUGCAUCAACCUCCUCCAAGUGUGAUACCAAAUUCAGUUAGCAUAAAUCUCUCUGGUGUCGACCCCUAUCAAACACCUUCAGCGCGUAUUCAGACCCAACAGCCGAAUGUUCAUCCGCAUAAUCUCAUGCAACAGCAAAUGCGUGAUGCUAUGGAGAGCUAAUUGUUCGCCUGAAUCAUUUGUCUUCUUUUCUCUAGUAAACUUAUUAGCCGUGAGGAACUCAUCGCUCUUUGAAUCCGCAAAUAUAAUAAGAAGUGUCAGAAAAUGCAAAGAUAAUUUUUACUUUUAUUUUAUGACGAAAGUUCAAACAGAUCUUAAGAAAGUCAUUAUCACUGAUAAAAACCUUUGUUUCAUUUUGAUGGUACCGAUAAUCAGGAACGAGGACUGUGUAUGGUUAAUCUGAACUGCCCCUAGGCCCCUUGCUCAAAGUUUUUCUAGAAAACCCACUUUCUUCCUCUUAUGUGUACUUCUUAUAUUUUAUUAUAUCUGAUCCAUACAUAUGUCUCAAUGUCAUUUCUGUAGGGUGCCCCUGUUCAUUUUUUUUUCGAAUUAUUGUUGCUUAUCAAAGUUAUGCUAUAAUUCAUUGUGUUUUUUCUCAUUCUUUCCUGUAAGUAUAUCAUGUUGCACUGUUUUGUGUUUUAUUACUUUAUUACACCCCACCCUAUUUCCUUCCAGGC